AGAAAAAGAGAGAAAUGUAAUGUGUGAGUCUGGUCCGUCUGGAAUCAAGCCACUAAGCGAGUAAAAGCCUUCCGUCGCCCUUCGUCAGUUGAAGUUGCCGUCGACAAGACCAAGUUCCAACGCAUCCCGCAAGGCAGCAAUCCGCAUCCGCCAAAUCGACAAACCCGUUAAGUCGCCACCGAGUCGCCGACCACUUCAGUUCCCACGCGACAACCGUCUGUUCGUCUAGGUCCGCCAGUCUCCACCGCAUCACCGGACGUCCGCUGUCCGCACCCGGCAGUCCGGUACCACGUCCGGCCGACCGUGCCUCCAGUUUUGAAGUGCAUUCCUUUGACUGCUAGAGUUGCAGUUUUUAGCAAUGGAGGGUUUGCAAGUUGAUGGUGACAACCACUCUGCUAUGCAUGGUAGAGGCGAGUCUUUCAAUAAUUCCAAGGAUAAUCCAACAACUGCUGAUAUUGAUGAGAAAGAUAACCUAGAAGUCGACUUGCCAGAACCUCACUGUUCUACAGAAUCUGGAAUUGUUGAUAUUAUUAACAAAGGUGAUGAAAUAGAGGUUUCUGAUGCAAAACAUAAUAACCUUGAUAAAGAAGUGACUGAGGUUGAGGUGGUAAUAAAUUCUGAGAAUAAAAUUUCCAGUAAUUACUGCUUAGAGAAUGAUACAUGCUUACUUAUCUCCAAAAACAGUGAUGCAAUGGAUAUUGAUGAGGGCAAGUUCAAUGUUACGGAAGAGGGUACCUCUGUCUCCAUUAAGGACCUUGAUGUUGUGCAGAUAGAUAAUGGUGAGAAAAAAUUAGAUGUUACUAAUACUGCAGAUAACACAGCCACAGCCUCAAGUACCUCAACUGAAGACACAGACAUUAUACAGACUGUGGUUGUCCCUGACAAUAAACAUUCUGCAAUUGUUGCCAACAAUAAAGACAACUUACCUCAUUCUCAGGAGUGUUUGCAAAUGGAUCGUGACAACGACACUGUAAUUCAUGAUAAGCCUGAGUCUUUUAAGAGUUCCAAUGAUAAUCCAACAUCUGCUGAUAUCGAUGUGGAAGGUAAGUCAAGAAACGACUUGCCAGAACCGCAAUGCUCUACAGAAUCUGGAAUUGUUGAUAAUACUAACAAGGGUGAUAUAAUAGAGCUAUCUGAUGCAAAACAUUACCUUGAUAGAGAAGAAUUGACAAAAGCUGGGGUUUUUGUAACAGAUUUCAAGAAUAGAAUGCCCACUAAUCACUGCUCAGAGAAUGAUCCAUGCUUAGUAACCUCGAAUAACAAUGAAGCGAUGGGUAUUGCUGAGGACAUGUUAGAUGUUACUAAAGAGAACAGCUUAAUCUCCGUUAGGUACUCUGGUAUUUUACCAAUGGAUAUUGGUGAUGAAAAGGUAGAUGUUAUUAAUAGCGCAGAUAACUUAGCCUCAACUAAAGAUGCUAACAUUGUACAGAGUCUACAGACUGUGCGUGUCCCUGCACACGAAAUUUUGGAUGUUUGUGAAUCUGAGUCAAAAGAUGUCCAGAAUGUCGAUUUAGGUAAUAAUAAAAGUAAUGUGGUGAUGGAUAACCAUUUUGUUGUUAAACCUGCAUUUGAGCUUAUUCAUGAAGGGUUUUUGCAAGUAGAUUCGGGAAGAAAUGCUGUAAUGGCUAGAAGAGAGGGUACUCCAAACAAUGAUCAAGCGAGUAGUUGGGAAUCUUUGGACGACUGUCAACCACAUACUGUUGUCGCACUGGAAGAAAACACAAAACCAGUUAAUAUUGAAAACUUCAAGCAGCUAGGUAGAGAAUCGAUUUGUAAGCCUAUAGGAGAGGUAGAUAACAGUCAGAACAUGGGAGUGACAACAAUUACUGAUCCACUCCUGGGAACUGAUGUUUCACAUGUUGAGGCCCAUAUUGAGGUGGAAGUUGAGCAAGUGGUGGAAAUGGAAAAGGGACCAUCAAAGACAAACGAUGGACACUUUUUGGUGGAUCCUCAUACUCCAGAAACAGUAUGUAUAAGUGAUGAGCAACAGCAUAAAGAUAGAGUAGAAAAGGAAGAAGAAGUUGUAGUGGUAGUAGAAGAAGAUUGUAAGAAACUUUAUUCUGAAACUGACAUGUCCGUAGAAAAGACUGUAAACUUAUAUCCUGGUUUUCUACAUCCUCCAGAAAAGCCUGGAAAGUUCACCGUAUCAGAUUUAGUCUGGGGAAAGGUCAGAAAUCAUCCGUGGUGGCCUGGACAGAUAUUUGAUCCUGCAGAUGCAUCUGAAAAGGCAGUUAGAUAUUAUAAGAAGGGGUGCUUUUUGGUAGCUUAUUUUGGGGACCGAACCUUUGCAUGGAACGACGCAUCCUUGCUGAAACCGUUCUCGUCUAACUUCUCCCAGAUCGUGAAGCAAAGCAGUUCUGAAACGUUUCAGAAUGCAGUCAGGUGUGCACUGGAAGAGGUUUCAAGACGGAUAGAAUUGGGCUUGUAUUGCUCUUGCAUACCCAAAGCUUUUUAUAGUAAUAUUGCAUGCCAGAUUGUUGAGAACACAGGUAUACAUGAAGAAUCAAGCCGGAAAAAAUGGGGUGUUGACAAGUUUAUGGCAGGUGUGGAGGCGUUUGUACCAGACAAGCUGUUUCUAUUCUUGAAGGGAAUGGCAUGCUCACCCGAUUCUUCAUUUGAUCAGUUGGAUCUUGUUAUUGUCCGGGCCCAGUUGUUGUCCUAUUCCCGUUUCAAGGGAUCCAAUGUACUUUCUGAGUUCUUGUCAGGUGGAGAGUUAUUAGAAAAUGAUGAUGAUGCAAGACCCAUCUUGAAUAAUAAGGUGUUUGCCCCCUCUCUUAAACGUAAGUACAGGUCCUCAAAAGAGAGACGAAUGUCCGAGAUAAACGGAAGCUCUGAAUUGGAAGGUGAACCGGACGGGACAAUGAUUGUUUAUUCCGCAAAAGUGUCACCUGUAACUCCUAACACGCAGCCUUUCAAAAUUGGUGAACGCAUCAUGAGAGCCGCGAGCCACUUGAAAGGCGACUUUGUUCACCCAGAGCCAGCCAGUAGUUAUGGUCACACACAGAACCCGUCCUGCAUCAUUGAGUUGUACUCUCAGCUUCAGAUGGUGGCACGAGCCCCAGUGAGAGAUCAUACCUUUUUGGAUACUUUUGUUAGGUUCAUGUUAGAUCUUAGUAGAUACUCAAAGAAGCAGUCUAAGUUGCAGCAGCAGAAUCUGUCCCACUCGGGAAAGCCUGCGGCAGUUGGUGGGGCUCGUAGAAAGAGGAAAGCUUCCCAGGUGGUGGGUGAUGAAGGUUUUGAGUUUGAUGAUGAUGUUAAUGACUCAUAUUGGACGGACAUGAUUGUUCAGAACUAUUCUGAGGAGCAACAUGAACUAUUGCAGCAGCAACAUUCUGUUGGUGAUUCAUCAAACAAUAAUAAAUCUUCUGAUCAUAAUAAAACAAGCCGGCGGUCAUACUCUAGGAAAAGGUACUCUAUCGGGAAUGAUAGUAAUUAUGUUGUGGCUGUAGCAGCAGAUGAGGAUGUGGAGAAGAAAAUGAGGGAGCCGGCAGAGCUUAUCUUGAAGUUUGAAGAGGGUAGUGGUUGGCUUCCUUCAGAGGUGAACCUUAAUAAGAUAUUCAGACGGUUUGGGCCUAUAAAGGAAUUAGAGACCGAAGUUCAUCCGGAAUGCUGUCGUGGGAGAGUGGUGUUUAAGAGGGGAUCUGACGCAGAGGUUGCUUAUAGUAGUGCUGAGAAGUUCAGUAUAUUUGGGUCAAUGCAUGUGAGUUACGAGAUUAACUAUACACCUGUCAUCUCUGUUAGACCGGUGCUCCUCACAACUAUACCACAAGAUGACGCUAUUUGAUCAGUUAGCCAUCUCGUUUGAUGUACUUGAUACUUCAGGAAAGUAGAAGAGAAGAUGGAACAUUAGUUAUUACAGUUAAGUAGAAGUCAUAAGGCGUCAAAUUCAUAAUGGGUUUUUAGGAAAAAUGAAUUUCUACGUUUCUGGAAAAUGCAAAAAUGUUCAAUGUCCUGUGGAUCAUGGUGUAUUUAGAAUCUUUUAUUAGUCAGUCCAAUUAUUAUGUGCAUAUAAACUACUGUAUUUGAGUUGAGUAAUAUAUUGCUCAUUGAUAACGACAUACUGUCAGCUUAUUGUGGUGGGUGAAGUUUUGCUUGUUAAUAGUUAUAAGCGAUGUCAAGGUGUUUGGUAUUAUCGGGUAUCCGACCUUAUUGAGUCUUGACCCCUCGCAAGAGCGGUUGAGGUGUUUGUAGUCGUCUUAAUGGUUCCAUCUUUUUGAAGUCAAGGCCUGAUUAUUGACUUUUGUAAUUUUUGUUUCUUG